ACCUUCCCCUCUCACUCCAAUGCAUCGCUUCAUUUGACGUCUCUCGAAUCAUAAAUUGUCUCAUUUGGAAAGAAAAAAAACUAGGGUUUUAGGGUUUUUUCAUUAACACAGUACAGAAACCUCCAACUGAGAAAUGCAACAACAAACGUUGAUCACUCCAUCAUCAUUCUCUCCAAAUAACAUCACCACUGAGCAGAUUCAAAAGUACUUGGAUGAGAACAAAAAUUUGAUCCUGGCGAUACUGGAAUAUCAGAAACUUGGGAAACUUGCCGAAUGUGCCCAGUAUCAGGCCCAGCUUCAGAAGAACUUAAUGUAUUUAGCUGCAAUUGCUGAUGCCCAACCUCAAGCACCAACAGUGCCUUCUCAGACACCCUCCCAUCCUGUUGUGCAACAAGGGCAUCAAAUGCAGCAACCUCAGGCUGCAGCUGUUCAGCAACAGAUGGGUGUUUUUGCUUCAAAGCUGCCUUUCCAGCUUGGUGCCCAUCAAUCUCAAGAUCAGCAAUACCAGCAGCAACAUCAGCUACCUCACUUCCAACAACAGCAAUUCAUGCAAGGGCAUGCUGGCAUGAGACCUACUGCAAUCAAUGAUAUGCAUCAGGCUAUGCAUGGUGGACUAGGCAUUUCACGCGGUUUGGUGGAUGCAGGAGGAAGUAGGCAAGAUGGCUCGGAGGCUGGUUCAGGUGAUGGCCAAGGAAAGUCAGCUUCUGGACGUGACAGUGGGGAAUAGAGAAUCCUUUUCUGAGAUGACUACGAUCCUACAUUUUUGCUGUUUGAUCCCUCUAGGUGUUCAUGGUGUGUGUGAGUUUCUAAAUAUGGGUAUAACUGCAACUUUCUCAACGCCAGUGAACAAACAAAUACAUUUUUUUUUGCCCAUCAUCAGUCCUGAAUUAUAGUUGUACCACUGCAUCGAACGGCCUUGCGUAAUCUGUUUUGUCAAUUUAGUAUUUUAAUGAAAACUAAUAUGAUCAGUAGAAGA